ACACGUUUGUUUUGGUUACCAGAUCUAAAAAAUGUUUUUGACAGAAAUCUUCUCUUUAUUGCAUGUUGGAAAGAUCGACCAAUCAGAAUAUGAAGUUUCUGAGCUGAGCGCUACCCCCAAUCAAUAGUUCCAUCCUCAGAUUUUAAAAUUAGCGUUGAGAAUUCUGAGACUGAACGGAGAUAAAUUAUUCCGGAGUUUGACAAACAAGCUUGUUAGAGUAGUUCAAGUGACAGAAGUGUUGAUUAGGGAAUUGAAACUGUGCGGAAUAUGUUUGGGAAUAUGCUAGGAAACUUGGUUUCAGUUUCAGUUCUCCUGGUCCUGGAGCUCAUCUCCCACACUGGUUGUGAUAUUUGUUCCAAAGACUCCUGCAGAAUUUUACAGAGUCAGGAGAAUCAUGAAAACCAAGAGUAUCAGGAACAAGAAAGGGAAGCCAGGGUUAAACGUAUGGCAUUUUAUAGGAACGGUAAAGAGGUAGCAGGCCAGGUCUCUGAUACCUUGGAUAUAUUGCUAGACAAGGACAGAUAUAAUAGACAAAUGCGACCUCCAGGAGAGAACCUGGAUACAAGUCCUGUCCAGGUUCAGAUAAACAUGGCAAUACGAUCCAUGGGUCCAGUAGACGAGGUCAGAGAACUCUUCAGUCUUGAUUGCUACUUUCGACAGUCAUGGACGGAUACACGAUUAAGGUUUAACACAACAGGGAUAUCUGAGUUGGUCUUAGAUUGGCAAUUUCUAACCAAGAUCUGGAAGCCUGACACAACCUUCCUCAACGGACAGAAAUGUUAUCUUCACAAAAUUACGGUUCCGAACCGGUUUAUCCGGAUUUCACCUAGUGGACGUGUUUCUUACUCCCAGAGAUUGACUUUGUGGUCCAAAUGUCCUAUGUAUCUAGGAAAAUUUCCCUUUGAUUCUCAAUCCUGUUCACUUGAAAUAGGUUCGUAUGGAUAUACUAGUGAUGACCUAACCUAUGAAUGGGCACUGAAACCUGUAUCUAUAGAUGAUCUAGGUUUAGCUCAGUAUCAUAUGACUGAUUUAAACUAUGGAGUUCAGACUUCUCCAACCAAGAGAAAGAUUUCAAGUGGAUUCAGAACAGAUUCCGUUGCAUUCCUCAGAUUUGAUUUCCAGCGGCAAUCUGGAUUCUUCCUCCUCGGAAUAUACUUUCCUCUGACACUGAUCGUAAUGUGCUCCUGGGUCAGCUUCUGGAUUGUUAAAACAGAUGUUCCAUCAAGAGUUUCAUUAGGUGUCACGUCUCUGUUGAGUGUUACCAAAGUAGGUUUCGGAGGAAAAGCAAAACCUCAGAUUGGUUACGCUACAGCUUUAGACGUUUACACCAUCAUUUGUUUCUUCUUCUCCUUCGCGGCACUGCUCGAGUUCGCUCUAAUAAACUUUAUUGAUACUUACUUCAAGCGUCUCAAGCAGUGGGAACAGGACAAUCCGGAGCAAGCGAGAAAAAGAAGAGACAGAUUUAAGCGUGCAAGUUCGGACCUUUCUUCUCCUCCCACUUCCGGAUCAGUCCUACCUCCAGAUCACUCAUCUAUUUCUAAAUCUAGCCCAAAAAUGGCUCCAGAUUCUUCAACAACAACAUCUGUUUCUCUAGGUCUAGCCGAAUCUCCAGCUCUUAAUACUACAUCUUUUAUUCCCACUCCAGGACAACAUGAUCUUACAGACCCAACUCCAGGACUACAUACAGCUUCAUCUCCUUGUCAGGAUGAAACCCAAUGUGGAUUGAGAUACCGGAAGGAUGUAAAGUUGGAUAUUCUUGAACUUUCUGAUCAGAACGGAAAAGAAUCAAAUAUUGAAGACGACAUAAAAUCCAGGGAAUCCAUCCAGAGUUCCACUAAACCCUCACUUACAAAUAUUAUAUACAGUGAGGGCAUGGUUGCAGUUCUAGAAAAGAUACGAGGGUAUAUUCAUUAUCUUAGACGAAUAAAAUCUUCUUUUUUCCCUAUUUGGAGACAUUUUGCAUUGGAGGGAGAACUUGGCUACGAAGAAACCCAGUAUGUUGUUGACAGGAUUGAUGAAAUAUCUAGAAUUCUGUUUCCAGCUGGAUUCAUGUUAAUAAGUUUUAUUUACUGGAGUUAUUACCUUUAUUCUGAAUAAAUUUAAAGUUGAAUUAUAAGUUUA